AUUCGGCCCAAAAAUGAAAGCUGAACCUAGAAAUAUAAAUAUUUUAGCCCAUUCCAUACAAUAAAAAAGACGAGACCCGUGUGUUGCAACGGUCGAAUUUCUGCAAUCGAUAUUGGGGUAUCCAUUAUCCAAUUCUAUCAGACAGAACAGAGAGAGAGAGAGAGAGAGAGAGAGAGAGAUGGGGAAAAGGAAGGGGAGAAAAGAGAAUGAAGAAGAAGCCAUACAUGAAAACGGUGGAGAAGUGGAAGAAGGAGAUGAUGGAAAAGGUGCUGGAUUCUUCGCGUGCUAUCUCCUCACUUCAGUCUGCCCCAGAUUCAAAGGCCACACCUACAUCGGAUUUACAGUGAAUCCACGGCGGAGAAUACGGCAGCACAACGGCGAGAUCGGGAGCGGCGCGUGGCGGACGAAGAAGAAGCGCCCAUGGGAAAUGGUGCUGUGCAUCCACGGCUUCCCUACUAACGUCGCCGCUCUUCAGUUCGAGUGGGCGUGGCAACACCCGGUCGAAUCGCUAGCAGUACGAAAGGCAGCUGUAAAUUUCAAAUCCCUCUCUGGAAUUGCUAACAAGAUCAAAUUGGCCUACACAAUGCUCACUCUUCCACCCUGGCAAAGUUUGAACCUGACGGUGAAUCUGUUCUCGACUAAAUACCAAACGCACACCUCGGGCUGCCCUGCAUUGCCCGAGCAGAUGAGGACAAAAAUCUCUCCCAUGGAUGAUUUGCCCUGUUACAAUAUUGCCAACGAUUGUCCAAUCGUAAACGAUGAUGACGAUGACGGAUGUGAAGGUCUUUCCCAUGAAUCGACCGAAGAAGAAUCAUCCAGAAAAAAUGACGAUUUCCAUUACUAUAGUAAUGAAGAAUAUAUUCACCGAGAAACUGAAUCGAGUGGAUGCUGCUCAGGAAAAACACGGGCAGAAGUAUGGCCGAAGAAUUCACCUCCAAUUACUGAAGCAACCGACGAAGAAUCAUCAACAAAAAAUGACGGUUUCCCUAACUGUGUAGGUAGUAAGGAAGAAUACAUUCACCGAGAAAUUGAAUCGAGUGGAUGCUGCGCAGCAAAAACACGGGCAGAAGAUUGGCCGAAGAAUUCACCUCAAAUUACAGAAGACGAAGACAAAGGGCAGUUCUUUAUUGUUAAUAAUAAUGAAUCCCCUCCUGUAAGAACGUCGUUUUCGUUACAUAAUAGCUCCUGUAUUGCUGGAAAUGCGCGAAAAAAUCACAGGUUGGUCGAGUUAAUUACGGAGGUGGACGAGCCACUUGAGAAAGAAUCGGCGGCGGCGGCAACUCGCUUAGUUGCUACAGACAAAGAUGAAGUUGAGAUCAUAGAUAUAAUUACACCAUUGCCAUGCAAGAAGAAGAGAAGGCCAACUAGUAGUUUCUUUCCUGAUGUAAUUGACUUGACCAACUCUCCAAUGUAUGUAUAAUUAGUGUGUGGAAGGAAAAUCAUGUAUACAAGUUUGUAUGAGCACUGUAAUUUCCUUGUGUAAUCUAUCUUUCUUUCUUUUUUUAAUUCUUUAUUAUUAUUUUAUGGUAU